CGGUCCAGCCCCGCCCCCUACAGGUGAUUCUAAAGUCAAACUAGGAUGAAAAAAAGUGCUGAGAAGGGUGGAUGUUUUGGGUGUAGCUCGCUGACAUGUGAGCUCCAGACAGUUAGGGCCCGCCUCUGACCUGUUUCAGCCCGAAAGGGGAAGCAGAGACAAACACCGGUCGCUUGUUUCCUCCCGUUUGCGGCAGACACUCUAAAAACUGCGCAGAAGUUUCCUGAACGGUUCCAGAGGUUGUUCCUAGCUCGGGGACGACCCAAACCGGCGGCUUUGAUUUCACUCCCAAACUUUCCAAACUUCUGCCUUCCUCACAUCAGCAGUGAAGGACGCCGGGAACUUCUCCGGACUUCCUGUGCAGCAUGAACAUGUUCAGGAGAGGCCCCACCCCCGCGGACCCGUCCGGAAUCAGCAGGGAGGAGACGCGGACUCCCAGCAGACCCGACCGGGACGCGCCGGAGGCGGAAACGAGCGUUACCUCAAAGCAGAAGUCUGGUCUGAUGAUAGCGGUGCACAAGAUCAAUCCAAUGAACCUGAAGGUCGCUCCUUUCCCCGGCAGCAAAGCCGCAUCCUCAGAGUCCCUGGACUACGACUCCUCACAGGUGUUCAGAACUCCAUCUUCAGAGUCUCUGGACCAGAAGAAAGCUUCGAGCUCAGCUCAGAACCCUGGGGUGUUGAGAGGAGCCCUGCAGAAGGUGAACCCCUUCAAGUCAUCUGCUCAGGUGCAGAAGGAUGCUUCAGGAGAAGAUUCUGCAGAUCCACGUGGAAGUGAAGAAGACCUCAGCAACAAACGGAACCCAGGAGGGAUAACCAACGUGAUCCAGAACGUCAACCCUUUCAGGUCUUAUCAGUCGAAGGAUGCUGCUUGCGGUCAGCGCACCCCUGAUGGUGAAGCAGACGAGACUGACGUUCCAGUGAAGGAGGCAGCUAACCCGGGAAUGUUGAGAGGAGCCCUGCAGAAGGUGAACCCCUUCAAGUCUUCUGCUCAGGUGCAGAAGGAUGCUUCAGGAGAAGAUUCUGCAGAUCCACGUGGAAGUGAAGAAGACCUCAGCAACAAACGGAACCCAGGGGGGAUAAGCAACGUGAUCCAGAAGGUUAACCCUUUCAGGUCUUCUCAGUCAAAGGAUGCUGGUUGUGGUCAGCGCCUCCCUGACGGUGAAGCAGACGAGACUGACGUUCCGGUGAAGGAGGCAGCUAACCCUGGAAUGUUGAGAGGAGCCCUGCAGAAGGUGAACCCCUUCAAGUCUUCUGCUCAGGUGCAGAAGGAUGCUUCAGGAGAAGAUUCUGCAGAUCCACGUGGAAGUGAAGAAGACCUCAGCAACAAACGGAACUCAUUAGGGAUAAGCAACGUGAUCCAGAAGGUCAACCCUUUCAAGUCUUCUCAGUCAAAGGAUGCUGGUUGCGGUCAGCGCACCCCUGAGGGUGAAGCAGACGAGACUGACGUUCCGGUGAAGGAGGCAGCUAAUCCUGGAAGUCUGAAAGGAGUGAUCCAGAAAGUUAACCCCUUCAGGUCCCGCACACAGGUGGCAGAAACCGAGACAGACUUUGCGGUUCCCCUGGACUCACCUCAGGACGAUCCAGAUGUUGAGACUGAGAAGAUGGAAAGCUCUGAAAGAGUCAAUGACAGCUCCAUAGAAAGAUAUUCUGUGUGGUAUGUCGAUGCUGACCCCAGCACACCCGUUCAGAACAAGGCCCCCAAGAAAAAGAAGUUCAUUAUGAAGAUUCUCCCCACUUCCUUGUUUGGAUUGGGAGCAAAGAAUUCUACAAAUGCAGAGGAUUCCCAGACUCUGCAGCAGGAAGCCGUUGAGGUUCAGACACUGCAGCUGGCAGAGGUGCCGGUGCCUGGGGAUCAAACGGAGCUAGACCCCCUUGAGGAUGAAGAAGGCCUGUGGGCAUGGUGGAGAACCGUGGAGGGUUGGGAUGAGUGGAACGACUCAAACCCACAUGAAGAUGAAGAAGCGGUGGAGGAAGCUGCUGACCGAGUCUUCAUGGCAGCUCGGCUCUUCGUGCGCCUCUUCAACAUGCACGGCGCCUCGCUUCAGCAGCGAAUCCUAGAGCUCUUGGCUUUGGCCGACUCCGCCGACAACUUCCACAAGCGAACAGUAACGGCCAGCGUCGGGGGCGGAGUGGCCAGCGUGGCGGGCUCCAUCACCACCAUCACAGGCCUCAUUUUGGCCCCUUUCACUGCCGGAACGUCACUUAUUGUGACAGCAGUUGGCAUCGGCAUCGCCACUGCAGGCGGAGUCACAUCUGCUUCGGCCAACAUCACAGACACUGUCCAUUCCAAGACGGACCGCAAGAAGGUGGAGAAGAUGAUCAAGGACUAUGAGGAGGAGAUUAAGGACAUCAAGGAGUGCCUGGAGUUCCUGCAGGAAGGGAUGGAGACUCUGGAGGAGUGGAACUUUGAGAAAUAUGCAGAGAGCAUCUCAAAGAAGCACCUGAAUCAGAACGUCAAACAUGUGAUGAAGGAGGGCGGCAGAGCUGGCAAGGCCCUGGCCAUCAACGCAGAGUCUCUGAUCAGUACUGUACAGGUCCUCAGCGUGGCCGGCGGAGCCGCAAAAGCUGCUCAGGCCAUCAGCGUCACCACCGGAGUCAUGUCCGGCCUCUUCCUGGCGCUGGAUGUCUUCUUCCUGGCAAAGGACUCCAUGGAGCUGAAAAAGGGAGCCAAGACGGAGUUUGCCACCAAGAUUCGAGAGGUCUGUAAGGAUCUGCAGGACGGCCUGCUGGAGCUGAACCGCAUUAAGGAGCAGCUGCAGAAAACCAUGGAUGGGAUUGAGGUGGAGGUAGAGGUGGAGGAUGAGGAGAUGCUGAAGUCUGACAUGAAGAAGCUCACAGAACUUGAAGAAUGAAGCUGCUAGCAAAUGUCAGUGAAGAUACCCAUUCUGAGGAGGAAUCAUAGUUGCUGUACAGAGAAAGGACUAUUUUAAGUACUUUUUAAAGAUAAACUCAAAGUAAUAAUAUUUAUACUUUGUUUUAUUUGACCUUUUGCACAAUAAAGAGUUUCUGGCAUCUAGAG